AUGCCAGUUGUACCCUCCUCGCUGGUGCUGGGGCUGCUGCAACUGGCUGUGCUAAAAGGUGUUGCUAGCUCAGAAGCAGUCUGUGGGCAGCCAGUGAUAUCCCCACGAAUUGUUGGAGGGCAACCAGCCUCCGAUGGGUCAUGGCCCUGGCAAGUCAGCAUCUGGGAGAACCAGAAGCACAUUUGUGGAGGCAGUCUCUUAACCGAGCAGUGGGUGGUGACUGCAGCUCACUGUGUCGCUAAUGAUAUCAACCAGUAUGAUGUGCAACUGGGGGCCUAUCAACUCAUGAAUCCUUCUGCCAACCUGAUGAUAUUCCGCAUGCAACGGGUAAUUUCUCACCCUGACUUUGAUGGCAAUGACGGUUCCAGCGGGGAUAUCGCUUUAGUGGAGCUGACAUCUGCAGUGAACUUCACCGACUACAUCCUUCCAGUCUGCUUGCCAAAUUCUUCUGCCCAGUUCUCUACAAACACAAACUGCUGGGUCACUGGGUGGGGGCAGAUUCAAGCUGGAGACAACUUGCCAGCUCCACAAACUCUUCAGGAAUUAGAGGUGCCACUCAUCGACCGAGACACAUGCAACUCACUCUUUAACAGUGCCCCAGCAGAAGGCCUGCCCCAGGAUCCUGUCAAGGAUGAUAUGAUCUGCGCUGGGUACGCAGAAGGUGGGAAGGAUUCCUGCCGCGGUGACUCCGGAGGACCCUUGGUUUGCAAGUGUGAUGCAGCUUGGGUCCUGGCUGGGAUUGUGAGUUGGGGAGAAGGCUGCGCUGAACCUAACCACCCCGGAGUCUACACCUUAGUGUCUUUCUAUGCCAAUUGGAUCUCCGAACAUAUAUCCAAUGUGAACCAUGGUGGACAGCACAAUGCCCCUGCUGUAACACUCCUCCUGAUGUCUCUUGCACUGUCCUUCCUGUGA